AAGAGAAAAGGAUUUGAUGAAUUAAUCGGACGUCCCCUAUUCUCAUCAAAAGAAUCGGACGUCUAAUAUUGAUGUAGACCAUACAAGAUCGAUCACACUGUAAUAUCUCCUGAAACAGCGCCAUUCUUCCUCCCAGCGACCUCCGUUUAUUUUCUCCAUUCCUCUUCGAUACCAAAAAAGUAAUCUGAUUCUCUCUUUCAAAACCCUAUAAAUUUUUAAAAGCAGAUUUCUUUUUUUUAAAACAGUCCCGUUUAAGACUACCUGUUAAGUGAAGUGCAAAAUCUCCGAAAAGGGAACGGUUAAUUUUUCGCCAUUGAGGUGUUUUAGGGUUUUUGUUUUUAAGCGAUGUUCUUUUUUCUUUUGGAAGGACGAUGAUAAGCUUCAUUUUUGUCGGUCCUCCAAAAGUUAAAAAAGAAAGAGCCGAUUAAGCCAGAUUUAACGAGUCUAGGGUUUCUUCAUGGCAGAAGAUUCGCGGGGCCGUGUCACUAUCACUCUCGGUCGUCGCGGCCAGGUGGUGAAGAGGGCAGGACCUGCAUCAGAUGUUGAUUUUUCUGAUUCUCUGCCUGUUGCUGGAAGUAAGCGGUCUGUAAGAGAUAGGUUAGGAAGCAAUGUAGAUGGCUCCUUGUUGCGUGGAAACCAGCUCAACAACAAAAGACAAAGAGGGGAUGGUCAUACACCAAGCUUGAACACUAAUGGUUUGAAUGAUGUUCGCAUUGGUAAAGAUGACCUUCGCUUGAAACUCAUGCAAAAAAAUGUGUUUAGACGGGCUCAGAGUGAUGAUAACCAGAAGGUCAUGGACCUCCGUGAAAAGUUGUCAAGAAUGGGACAGCCUCCACUUAACAGUUAUGAGGCACGGCAGCGAAUGCCUGAAUCAAGGGAAACCAGUAUCUUGGGCAGAAUUCCUUCCACAAGAAGUGCAGAUGAUUUGCCUCGCAUGACCUCAUCAAGAAGUUCUUUUUCUCCUUGGACCUUAGAUCAUUUAAGACAACGAUCACCAGACAGAGUAAUGGGUGUUUCUAGGGGUAUAUCUCCCCCAACAAAUGCUGAAGAGCUACAGAGAAGGCCACUGAACAGGACGUAUGACAAUGUGAGAGCAGUUCCAUACAUGGGCAAAGAUGUUCUUGAUGCUCCAAGGCCUGUGAGUACAGCAUCUUUUGUUACAAAGUCCACAGUGCCUACCACUUCGGCAAAGCCUAUGCCACCAGGUCGCCCAAUUCCUCCUCCAAGCAGCAUUGUACAAAAAAGUUCAUACUCUGGAGAUGAACAACAAACUGUUGAAGGCUUGCUACAUUCACUGGGGUUGGGAAAAUAUGUCAUCCUUUUCAAGGCAGAGGAAGUGGAUAUGACUGCAUUGAAACAGAUGGGGGAAAAUGACCUGAAAGAGCUAGGAAUACCUAUGGGCCCUAGGAAAAAGAUUCUUCUUGCUCUUUUGCCCCGUACCAAAAGGCAACCAUGAUUAUUUGUUCAUUUCGUACGAUGGGGUGCUCAUGUUAGUGAAUCUUGUCUAAGUAAAACCAUUGUAUCUCUCUUUUUGGGUUAGAAAGUGACCCAUAAAUCAGUUGUCACGUUUUUGAAUCUAAUGCUGAUUAAUAUUCAUAGAUGGUGGAAAGAAAUUUUGAGUUGUUUUGGAUUUCA